ACCGUCAGCUUCGCUCGAGUACAGUUAAAACCGAGAAGUCGUCGGAUGUGUCGAGUCAAAGUGAGAUUUCGGGAAGAGUCCGCCGAACCGCAAAUUUCUGGACAAGCUGCAAACGUGAAAUGUGUGUAGUUGGUGCGCCCGAAAAAGCUGUCGCACGCGAGAAACUGAGUCGUAGCCGCGAACCGAGUGGCCGCAGCAAUUGCCGAAUUCCCUGGUGCCGUGGCGGAGCCGCAGACGUCGCCGUCGAGUAAAAGCCCAAGAUUACGCGAGGCCCCGCAGACGUUCAAUAAACUUGUGCUGGUCCCAGCGUGAUCCGAAUCCGUGUGGAGAAUUCUCACUCGUGGCCGCGGAGGACGUUCGCAGUCCGUUUCGAGCAGUUUCCGUUUUGGGGCUCGGGGUCCGUGCGUGAGUGCCUGGCCGUUGCGUGAAUGCACCGCGCUGCCCGCGGGACUGGUUUUGGCGCUUGGCGCAGUUGUGAAUGAGUGGCUGAGCCCGUGCGGGUCGGAAGUGGCCGCGGCUGGCAAGUGUCAUUGAACGUAGCAAGUGGACGGGGUGCUGGGCAACGUGAUCGGCAGCAGCCAUCGAUCACGGCAUUGGUUGGGCCCGUGUAGUGCAACGUGCAAAAACGCUCGACGUAGAAGCAUUUAGGCCGCAGGAAGUGGGACGCAGGCGAUAAAACGGGAAAGGCCAAAGCAGUCGACGAGGGUUUUUCGUCGAAAUCGAGUGAGGAACGCGAGAAACGAAGUGUGCAGUGGUGGUAGUAGCGCGUAGAGUGUCGUCAUCGUAGCUGAACGUGAACGCGACAGGGACAGAGCCAUCGUGCUGGGACCGUGAGAGAGUGGGACGCGGCGAAAACAUAACGCACACAAGCCAUCGUUGGGCGCUGGAGUGUUUGUGGAGUAUUUUUCGUCAAUUCUGUUUUUGAUUUUGCACUUCUGCAUCGUCGUUUCGUCUCGUUUGGACGUUCGUGCUCGGCCGUCGCAGUUGUCAUAACUCGUAGUCGCGGAGCGUAGCGGUCGUAUCCGCGCCGCCUUUUUGUUUUGCCGUGUGUACCUCGCGUUUGUCCAUUCAUAGAAAUAUUUGCCGAAAAUGGCUGACGUAUUCGAAAUAGAAUUGCACGAGGAUGAGAGUCAACACGACUCCGACGACGACAUCAUCGAGGUGGACGAUGUAAGUCUCAACAAGCUUACAAGAUUCAAUUAUUCGCGUUCACAAAGUCUAUACGAAAACUUUAGAGAAUACAAUCAAGAAUAUAACCAACAAGUUGACCUAAAACCGGAACUGUCCAUUAAUAAACAACCAGAAAAUGAAGAUUCAGAGACAAUACAAUUAUGUGAGGGAAACGUGAAUCCCACCAAUAUAAGAUUAGGACCGCAAGAUUUUGAAUUGAAAAAGGUGCUAGGCAAAGGUGGCUAUGGAAAAGUUUUUCAGGUUCGAAAGACCAGCGGUCUAGAUGCUAACAACCAUUUUGCUAUGAAAGUUCUCAAGAAAGCAUCAAUCGUCACGAAUCAGAAAGACACAGCUCAUACAAGAGCAGAGAGAAAUAUAUUAGAAGCAGUUAAGCACCCAUUCAUAGUAGAACUAGUAUAUGCCUUCCAGACCGGUGGCAAACUGUAUUUAAUUCUAGAAUAUCUUAGUGGCGGAGAAUUGUUCAUGCAUUUAGAACGUGAAGGAAUAUUUUUAGAAGAUACUACAUGUUUUUAUUUAAGUGAGAUCAUCUUAGCAUUAGAGCAUUUACACUCGCUCGGAAUCAUCUAUAGGGACUUAAAACCAGAAAAUAUUCUACUGGAUUCCAAAGGUCAUGUGAAAUUAACUGAUUUUGGUUUAUGCAAGGAACAUAUUCAAGAAGGAAUUGUAACACACACGUUCUGCGGAACCAUUGAAUACAUGGCUCCGGAAAUUUUGACAAGAAGUGGACAUGGAAAAGCUGUAGAUUGGUGGUCAUUGGGCGCUCUUAUGUAUGAUAUGCUCACAGGAACCCCUCCAUUCACUGGUGAAAAUCGCAAGAAAACAAUAGAAACAAUCCUAAAAGCAAAACUUAGUUUACCUGGCUACCUUACACCAGACGCACGAGAUUUAAUACGUAGACUGAUGAAGCGACAAGUAGCGCUACGUUUAGGUAGUGGACCUGAAGACGCGGCAGCGAUACGAGCACACCAAUUUUUCAAACAUAUCGUUUGGGAGGAUGUGUUGGCUCGACGUCUGGAGCCACCAAUCAAACCAAUAUUGCGAAGCGAAGAUGAUGUUUCACAAUUUGAUACAAAAUUCACAAAACAAAUUCCUGUAGAUUCACCCGAUGAUACUACCCUUAGUGAAAGUGCCAACUUAAUAUUUCAAGGUUUUACAUAUGUUGCCCCGUCGGUCUUAGAAGAUAUGCAACGCGGACCUCGUGUAUUUCCAGCCCGCUCACCUCGCCGUACAGCCCGUCAACGAGAGGAACACUAUCGAUUGGCAUUCCCAAAACAAACACAUGGUAUCUUAGCCCGAGCGACUCCGCCCCAUUUACAAAAUUUCGCCCCGCGACCAUCGCCCCAAGACGAAAUGAUGGACAUUCAAGGAUUACCAAUCGUAUAGUUUCUUAUGGAAUAAAAAAAAAAAAAAAAUAGAUGAGUAAAACGAAUAAAAACAAAACAAAACAAAAUAUAAAUACGAAAUAAAUCAACAGAUUAAAGAAAUAAAUAAUAUAUUGAAGUAAAAAGUUACAGAAACACAACAGAGAAUUAAAGAGAAACGCGUUGUACCGUAUUCAAUAAGAAGGAAAACUAAGAGAUCUAUGGAUUCAUUUUGUUACUUAUUUUUAUUUAACGAAUAGUGCAAAAAGUGAAAACAAAACUAUACACAAAUCCCUAUGACUCCUAGACAAAGAGAAAAGUCACUAAUGAUGAUUUCUGUUAGUUCUUGUUUAAUUUUUCAUCUUCUUAAGUGAAUAUAGAUCAAUUACUUGUGUUUUCGUUUGAUUGAUAGCCUCUAAGAAAAUGCACAUUACCUUCUUUCAGUUAGGAUUUUUCGUUGCUUAACUUUGCUAAACGAGCGGAUUAUAGAUUAUGAAUAAAUAGAUAUAUGAGAAGUAAAAAUUAGCCAAAAAUACGAGAGGAGAUUGUCGAUUUUUGGAGUUUAUUAUUCGAUUUAUGCAACUAUUUCAACUACUAUUACUUAAUUUCGGAAUAUUUUCGCCGAAUUGGCACCUGAAUUAGUGACGGUCGAUGUCAGCCGGCAUCAAGUGAUGCAGUUUUGUUGAUUAUUAGACGAUGUCGACUGUUCGCGAAAUUCUACUAAAUUAAACAUUUAAAAAUUUAUUAAAACUACUCAAUACUAUACAAAUGCAACCAUGAUUGAUUAUACAAAUAUUUCUAAAAGAAUCAAAUGAGAAAUGCUAUUAUUUUUCCUGUUUUCUGUUUUUUUUUUAAGAAACUGAUUUAUGUUAAGAAUAAAAUGUAUCAAAGCCUAUCUAUCAAUUUAUUACCAUAAAAGUGUAUGUGACUCCGAGGCCGCCAUAAUGAGAAAUAACAAAAAAAAAAAUCUAGAAUUAAAGAAAAAACUGAAAUAAUUUUUUUUUUGAUGAAUAUAUGAUGAAAAUGUUUUCUUUACAGUUGUA